AUGGCAGCUAUUGUUGGUCUUGGGGAUGUCACUGCCAAGGCUGAGAUGGUUGAGACUGAACCUAAAAUAGACAAGGUAAAUGGCACUGAAUCCAUCUCCUCCAACGGUGAGUCCAUCGUGAAGGAUAACGGCAAGUGUGAGAAUGGCGAGAAGGCUGUUGAAGAGCCCAACAGUUUGGGUUGUGUUGGUCUGAGGAAGAAAUCCAUGCUUGGCAUGGGCAUCAAGAAUUAUGGAUUCGGGAUUUAUGCAGACAAUGAGAAGCUGAGAGAACUUCUCAAGUUGAAAAUUGGGAAGGCCCCAGCAAAACCCACAAAGGAAAUGUAUCAGUUGGUGAUUGACAGUGAUGCUGAGAUGAUGGUCAGGUUAGUGAUCGUAUUUUCCAGCCUCACCAUGAACAUGGUAAGAAAGAAUUUUGAUGAAGGUCUAGGAGCAUCAAUCAAGAAACUUACUGGUGGCAAGAAGAACGAGGCACUCGCAAAUAAGGUAAUGGGACAAGCAUCAGAUGACAUUAAGCUAACCUCCAGGUCUGUGAUUGAGAUUUCUCGGCUUCUGGGAAACAUUCUCCAAACCAAAGGUGAUAAUUCAAAGACACUGAUAUGUAUUAAAAUUGUUAUCUACACACUUGAGAUGAACACAACGUUAACAAAAAGCUGCGUGCUUUUGGGUGCAGUGAUUGGUGAGGUGGUCAGCAAGGUUGAGAGUGAACUCUUGUGCAGGGCCUAUGUGAACAUGUAUCUGGGAGACGAUCCCUUGGACAAGGAUACCAAGGAGAAGUUCGGAAUGUCCCUGCCUUCACUCUUCUAA